UUGGAGAGCAGUAGUCAGAUUUCCCCGCUGAGUCAACGUCUGACUCUUGUUAAGAGUUUUCCGUAACUCUUUCCAGUUUUUUUUUAAAUCAACAUUGUUAAAAUUACAAUCAUUUUCAGUCUUCUACUUGUAUUUAGGGUUCGUUAGACUUUCCCUCAAGCUGUGAUCCUCCUGACUGCCGGGUUUGCGUACUGUUUAUCUGCCGAUAUAAGCACCUCCUUCUUCUCCAGUCCUGCAGUGGUUGAACGAUAUUCUCGAUCAGCAUGAAAUAUUUUUCGGGAUUUACUCUACGGUUAAGUUUCCAAAUGCUCCAGUUCUGGACUGAGAUGUUGUCCUGAGUUAAAGUUCACAUUUUGACGAAGGUUUUCCUUAAAAUUACUCAACUGACAACACACAAUGGCUUCCAAUAUAGUUGUGGAUCAGCAGUUUUCUCACAAAUUUAUAGUGACGGUGGUUCGAGCCGAGAGCGUCACCAAGGGAGCGCUGGGUGACCUGUUGGACACCCCAGAUCCAUAUGUGGAGCUGUUCAUCCCAACGGCCCCAGAGAGCAGAAAGAGGACCAAGCACAUAGACAACGACGUCAACCCAAAAUGGAACGAGACCUUUCACUUCAUAUUAGACCCUAACCUGCACAACGUCCUGGAGGUAACAUUAAUGGACGCAAAUUAUGUUAUGGAUGAGACACUUGGGACCACGACCUAUGACAUCACCAAGCUCACCGUAGGCCGGACAAAGAUGGAGCCUUUCCUCAUUGGAAAAGCAACCAAAGUAUACUUAGAGAUGACGCUGGAGAUCUGUACCAAACUGGACUUGCGGUUUAGCCGGGCCCUGUGUGACAAAGAGAAGCAGUUCAGACAGACCCGCAGAGAGAGAGUGAUGCUGGGCAUUAAGAAGCUGCUCGACAUGGAGAAGCCUCUUUUCCUCCCCAGCUCUCCAGAGGAGGUGCCGGUGAUAGCCGUAGCGGGCUCAGGAGGUGGUUUUCGUGCCAUGGUCGGCUUCUCAGGAGUGAUGAAAGCUCUGUUUGAGUCUGGGGUGCUAGAUUGUGCCACAUAUGUCGCUGGCCUUUCCGGAUCUACAUGGUACAUGUCCACUCUCUACUCCCACCCAGAGUUUCCAAAUAAGGGCCCAAAGGACAUCAACCCAGAGCUGAUGAAGAGAGUUAGCAGUAACCCACUGAAGCUGUUGCUGCCCCAACACAUGACCAACUACAUCCAUGCCCUCUGGACCAAAAAGGCUGCCGGGCAGCCUGUUACCUUUACCGAUAUCUUUGGUAUGCUCAUAGGAGAGACGCUUCUACCAGCGAGGAUGGAUAUCAAACUGAGUAGCAUUCAGGAGAAAAUAAAUCAGGCCCAGAGUCCUCUUCCUCUCUUCACAUGUCUGCAUGUCAAGCCAGAUGUUUCUGAGCUCAUGUUUGCAGACUGGGUGGAGUUCAGCCCGUAUGAAAUUGGGAUGGCAAAGUACGGCACCUUCAUGACCCCUGACUUGUUUGGAAGCAAGUUCUUCAUGGGAACCGUUGUCAAGAAAUACGAGGAGAACCCAAUACAUUUUCUGAUGGGUGUGUGGGGCAGCGCCUUCUCCAUUCUGUUCAACAGAGUGCUGGGAGUCAAAGACACAGUUGGUGGCAGCACCAUGGAGGAGGAGUUAGAGCAGAUCAAACCACAGCACAUCGUUGGAGAAGACAGUCUGGACAAUGACCAAGAGCCACGUAAAGGGGGGACAGAGAACCAGGAUGGAGAAGACGAUCGCACUGCUAAGGCUAGCUGGACUCAGCGAAUGUUCAAGUCACUUUUCAGUGACUCAUCCUUAUUCAACACAAGAGAGGGCCGGGCCGGGAAGGUGCAUAAUUUCAUGCUGGGCCUAAAUCUGAACACCAGCAUCCCGUUCUCUCCGGACAGUGAGGUCAAAUGCCACGCCCCCAUACCUGAGGAGGAGGUGGACGCUGUCACAGACCCAGAUGAGUUUGAUCGCAUUUACGAGCCUCUUGAUGUGAAGAGCAAGAAGAUCCACAUAGUGGACAGUGGCCUGACCUACAACCUUCCCUACCCUCUCAUCCUGCGGCCAGAGCGCGGUGUCAACCUCAUUAUUUCCUUUGACUUUUCUGCACGACCCAGCGACACCAGCCCCCCAUUCAAAGAGCUCCUGUUGGCAGAAAAGUGGGCUCGAAUGAACAAGCUUCCAUUCCCCAAGAUCGAUCCCAAAGUCUUCGACCGCGAGGGCCUGAAGGAAUGUUACGUCUUUAAGCCAAAAAAAGGCGAAAAGAACUGCCCGACUAUCAUCCACUUUGUCCUGGUCAACAUCAACUUUAGGACAUUCAAGGCACCUGGUGUUCCCAGAGAGACUGAGAAGGAAAAGGACUUGGCGGAUUUUGACAUUUUUGACGACCCCGAGUCACCAUUCUCCACUUUUAACUUCCAGUACUCCAACAAGGCCUUCACCCAACUCCAUGACCUCAUGGAGUUCAACACUCUCAACAACCUGGAGGUGAUUAAAGAAGCCAUUAAGGACUGCAUUGUGUCCCGGAAGGAGAAUCCCUCGUGCCUCUCCCUUCCUUUCUCCCUCAGUGCAAUCCCGAAAAAGAAGUUUCUCAAAAGAGAUGCUCUGGAAAAUCCCUGGAACCUCCUGGAAAAUAAUAACCAGUAGCCUGAUCUAAGACUUUGCAUAAAGUGGACUUUAGGGAUUUUUGUAGAUUCAGUCUUUUCUUUUUGGAAAAUGCUAUGUUGAUCUCUUUUCUGUAUACUUAAAUCAUAAUUUACCUAACUUUAAUGUUUACUGGUAAAAGCAUUAUGAUAGCAUUCACAUAUACAACAGAAUGAGAAUUUUCAUCUGGCUUUAUUUGCACAAAUGUGACUGCUGGGAAACUAUUGGUGUUUAUUGACCAUUGACAGCUGAUUCAUUCUAGCCGUGAAAAAGACUGGAUGGUAAGAAUCGACACUUAGUUAACAAUAUGAGGGACUGGAUUGUUACAGCAAACAUUUGGCUCUUUCACAAACAACAGGAUAUUGUUUGUGGGUCCUUUCUUUUGUUUUUGAUAUUAACUGAGAAACUAUGCUAUAUCUUAGUUCUUCAUGUGCAAAAGAAAUAUCCACCUCAGAUCCAUGUGUUCAUUUACAUCACUUAAAUCAUCAUCAUCACUAAUUCAUGUGGACACCUCCUGGCUGUAGUUCAUGCUGCCUAGGGCAAAGCUGCAUUUUCAUCUUUCCUAUGACUUUUUAUGUAGCUAUUUCUAAAUUUAGCUUGGAGCUGUGGAGCUGUGUGAAUGCACUGUAAGAAACCUCUCCUUUACCUGUAACUGUUUGUCAGCUGUUUUCCAUAUUGACUACAGAACAUGCAAAUAACCAUUUUUCUUUCAUCGGCUUGCUCGUCUAAACAUGAAAUCCUGUUCGAAAACAUGGAAGAGGAGCUUGUAACCAUUGGCUUUGUUUGAUGGCAACUCUUAAACAGGCCAAGCACACCCCUCUGGAUACCUCAAACAUCUCAAUGAUGCUUACAACUUACAGGGAAGGAGCACUCCCUGAUCCCAUGUAGGGAGUGUCUCAUAUUAAAGCCACCAUUUUGGAAAAACAAAACUUGAUGCUAUAGAAACAGUCCCACUUUUUUUUCUUUCUCUCUAUCUAUGUGUCUUUAUUUUCCUGAUCAUGUUGUUUCAGGCUGCCUUUUAGAUAAAGACAAACAAUUUCUCCUCCAACAAAGCCAACUCGCUGCAGGACUCCCUGAACGCCCCUGUACAAUUAGGAGUGGCUGAGGUCAGGCUGGGUGCCGGUGGUGUUGAGUGUGAUCACGAGACUUGCUCCCAGCUGAAAAAGGUGGCUCUCUGCGGCACUUGGAAUUUUACACAUUACACCUACAGCAGUGCAGGCCUGGAAUCUGACACACUACACCUAUACCUGCAGGGACCCAAAGGCUGCACACAGAGCAGUGAAAUUUCACACUGAAGCACUUCCAAUACCUAUAUGAUCAUGUUUCAGCCCUGCUGGUUUGGAAGAAACUGAGAAAACAAAAAAGGCUUUCUGCAGUCUUGCUGCAGGGAUUCAUGACCCACAAACCUUUGCAACUUUCCUUUAUGUCGAUUUUUUAGCAGAUUAUUUGUAUCCGUUUUUGCAUGUUUAUGUUUUCUUCAGUUUACAGCAUUGCCUUAUGUUUUUUUUUAGGAAAUAGUUUGGGGAAUAUGUUUAUUUGCUUUUAUUCAAUACCACUCUUAUACAGUAUCUGUUUGUUACAGAGAGCCAAGUCAUGACGUCACGUCUGUUCUACAAUCUUGUCGUUUCUCAACCUAAUGGCUGGAGUAUAUUUGAGACAUCCAUAGAUAAAGCACGGGUCCAAGUUAAGAAUGCAGAGCAGUCUUAUUUGUAGGCUUCUUAAUAAGUCUCUUUGUGUGUAGAUAGAACACACACAAAAAAUAAAAUAAAAAGCAAAUAAGCACAUUCCCAAAAUGUUGGAAUAGUCCUUUAAGACAAAGUUUAUAAAGCAUCAAAACAAGCAUUCAUCGAUGUAUUUGACAUCUUGUAAAACUCUGUGAGCUAUCAUGUUACACCUUUAUUUUUCUUCGUACCAUAAGGUUAUUUAGCCUAAUUAAACAGCAUACACGAGCCGUAGCAAUUUUAUUUUCUUAUAUUAUUGUCAUUUUGCAUUUUUAUGAUCUUUGACAAUGUUUACAAAUGUUUCAGAUGCUUAACGGUCAGUUUUAGGGAAUCAAGACGUGCACAUAAAUACUUCAUGUGAUCAUUAACUAUUUGUAUUAUAAAUGGCAAAGCACGACAUGCAUAAUGUUUAUGUGCAUCGUACAAAAAGGAUGAUAAUAAAAGAGAGAAUUUA